UGUAAAUAGAUUAGGUCUCGGGAAUAUCUUGAGGUUAUAUAUGCUUCCUUUAGAAUGAAAUAAUCCCUUCACCGAUCGUCGCUGCUUCACUGAUCAUCACUGCAAACCAAACUGUAAAGGAUUUCUCUAGAGUUGACAUAAACCUUUAUCAUUGCUCAUCAUGCAUUUAAAGCCUUUAGACACGAUCUUGAAUUCGAAAACUUGUGUGCAAAAGGGGCUCUGUCCUGUGAGACAUGAGCGCGAUGAACAACCCCGAAAUAUUUACUACGAGAUCCAUGGCGAUCUGAAGGCAUCGCAAAAGUUGGUCCUGAUCAUGGGUCUCAUGUUCACCUGCGCGGCGUGGCUUGAGCAAGUAGAUCACUUCAGCCGAAAAGCCGACCACGCGGUUUUAGUAUUUGAUAACCGCGGAGUAGGAAACAGCGAAUGCGGGGCGAUGAAGCCUUAUCGAACUUCAGGCAUGGCCAAGGAUGUCAAAGAUCUCUUGGAUUAUGUGCAAUGGGAUCAAGAUCGCUCACUACACAUCUUCGGGGUCUCCUUGGGAGGAAUGCUGUCACAAAACUUGUGUCUUUUAAUCCCCAAACGGAUUAAAUCAAUCAGCUUUGUCAGCACAAGAUGUGGAAGUGUUUUAGAUAUCCCAUCGCCCCGAGCCAUGGCCACGCUCCUAAACAUCGUGUGUAGAAAAGGGCCGUACAAAAAAAGGGUUGACCUUUUACUUGAACUUUUAUAUCCGGCAAGCUAUUUAAAUCAGUCAACAGCGAAUGGUCAAACUAGGAGGGACGAUCUUCUCAAAUAUUAUCAAACCUGGUUUGAUAGACCUCAGCAGCUGCCACUAUCGGGUAUUUUUGGUCAAUUUUGUGCUACGGCCUUUCACCACUGCUCCGAUUCCAGCCUGAAGAGGAUAGCAGCGGAGCUCUAUCCUGCGAAAAUCGCGGUGAUAUCGGGAAAUCAAGAUGAGCUUAUAGAUCCCCUGCGAUCAUUCGAACUUCGAGGAAAAUUACCAGGUUCCGAGUUAAUACUAUUUGAAAACGCCGGUCACAUUCUGAACUCUCAAGCUCCCCAACAAUUCAAUCUCUUAAUGGAAAGGAUCAUCGCCGAAGGUAACGAGGCCUUUCAAACAAAAAGCUAGCGGUCUCACUUUUUCAUGAACGAUGAUUGCAUGUCUGAGAUGAACUGUCUUAUCUCUUAAACCCACCUUUUCUGAAGGGCCGGAGGGACCCUUGUACUCAUUGUGUUUCAAGAUAUGUAUAAGCAUCAUGUUACAACUUUUGUGUUAUUUUUGUUGUUAUUUUAUUUGUUCAUUUCAGAAAUCUCUUGAAGGGCAUGCACCACUAUUGUAAUUUCGAUUUUCCAAGCCAGACAAUUGUUUGCAAGGGGGUCUUUUUCCUUAUCCAAAAACUUGGUGUUACUUUCCAAUACAAACCUGUUGUACAUCUUCUAUGAAGACCAAACUCCAACUUGUCCAACAUGACCAGAGUCCCAUUUGAAAAAGGAUUCAGGUUCCUGCGCUGUAUUCCGGACCAACUGUCUCACAUUUUCUCUCUAAUAUGAUCACAUGAAAUUGUUGUCUUGAAAAAGCGCACAUACUACUUCAG